CUGACACGUAACAAUCCUGCGUAAGUUUUACGGAAGAAGCUGCAUCUAUUUCCUCAAGAGGACAGCGGAGACACUGCUCAGCCUCACACUCCAUGUGUGGUUGACCUGUCCGGGACCAGAGGCUUGUUCUUCGGGCUGUUUCGGAGGCUACCCGGGGCUGGCGGAGACAGGAGCCCAACGCACAAGAUGAGGUUUUCGGCGUUGAUGUCGGUGCUGCGGUCGGUCGGCCCGGUGAUCGUCGGUAUUUCUCUGGGGUUCACGUUGAGUCUGCUGAGUGUGAACUGGACGGAGGAAGCGUGUCGUGUGGACGGGACGGAGGGAGAGGACGUGACCGUGGCUCUGGACGGACAACUCAAAGGAGCCAGGAAACCCAACUCCAUCUCCAGCCUGAACGAUGUGGAGUCCGAGGAGCAGUAUGAACCGAGGAUAGUCCCCUAUAAACAAGUCCAGCAGAGCUCCCCCAAGAAAGUCUUCAGGGCGAGGUACAUAAGCACAGAGUUGGGGAUGCGUGAGCGUCUUUUUGUCGGGGUCCUGACAUCCAAAAACACCAUCAACACCAUGGGCGUAGCUGUCAAUCGCACCAUCAGCCAUCACCUGGAUUCUGUCAUCUUCUUCACCGGCAUGCGGAACCGCAAAGUUCCCCACGGCAUGUUUGUGGUUUCCCACGGAGAUGAGAGACUGAUCUGGAACAUGUUUCAGACCAUCAGAUAUAUUUUCGACCAUUACAUCAAUGAAUACGACUGGUUUUACUUCGUCCAAGAUGACACCUACACAGAGGCUGACAGGAUCAAAACCCUGGUUGAUCACCUGAGCAUGGAAAGGGAGCUUUACAUGGGCAGUCCUGAGGAGUUCAUCGGUGGGGAGAUGGAAGGGAAGUAUUGCUAUGGGGGGUUUGGUUACCUCCUGUCGCGUACCUUGCUCCUGCGACUCCAGCCCUUCCUGGAAAACUGUAGGAAUGAUAUCCUAAGCGCCAGGCCUGAUGAGUGGCUCGGGAGAUGCAUCAUUGAUUACACCAACACAAACUGUGUCAGUGAAUAUGAGGGGCGUCAGUACCACCACUACGAGUUGGGAAAAAACUCUGAUCCAAGCAAAGAGCAGAACGAACAUUUCAAGAAUGCUCUGACUGUCCAUCCAGUUUCUGACCCUGAACAGAUGUACCGGCUGCAUCGAUACUUUACUGAGAUUGAACUGCAGAAGACUUAUGAUGAGAUUGCUAAACUGCAGGCAGAAAUAAAGAAUGUGAGUGUCGUUGCUUUUGAUGGCAACCGAAGCUCCCAGUGGCCAGUGGGGGUCAAUCCACCUUUUGAGCCCAAAUCCCGGUUUGAAGUGUUGAAGUGGGAGUACUUUACAGAGGAGGAGAUAUAUUUGUGCAUUGAUGGCUCUCCCAAGUGUGAGCUGCGUGGCAUUGACCGCAUGGAUGUGGCUGAUGUCAUCGACACGGCCGUAGGCGAGCUGAACAAGAAGUACAAGCCUGUUUUACACCUGAAGAAGCAGCAGCUAAUUAAUGGCUACAGGCGUUUUGACCCUAUCCGGGGCAUGGAGUACACCCUGGACCUUCAGCUGGAGGUUGUAAACCAGAAAGGUCACAGUCGUUCUAUCACUAAGAGGGUUCAUCUGGUGCGACCUUUGAGCCAAAUAGAGAUAAUUCCCAUGCCCUAUGUCACUGAAGCCACAAGGGUUCACAUCAUAAUACCUCUUACCCUGAAGGACCGGGGCUUUGUCGAGCACUUCCUCGAAGUCUUUGCCUCAAAUGCCUUUGAGACAAGUGAAAAUGCUAUCCUAACAUUCUUAUUUAUUUAUGACCCAGUGGAGGCGCAACAGGUGAAUCAGAAUGAUAUAUUUGCUAGUGUAAAGACUCAGAUUAAUACUUAUGAACGCAAAUAUCCCACAGUGAAAAUACCAUGGAUAAGUGUCAAGACAGAAACUCCAUCCCAGAUCAAGUUCAUGGACAUCAUCUCGAAGAAGCAUCCAGUUGACACGCUGUUCUUCUUGGCUGGCGUCAACACAAAUAUCAAUACUGAAUUUCUGAACCGCUGCCGCAUGAAUUCCAUAAACAACUGGCAGGUGUUCUUCCCCAUCCAUUUCCAGGACUACAAUCCUGAUGUGGCCUAUCACAACCAACCGCAUCCGGCCACAGUUGAUCUGAUCAAGGACGCGGGCCACUUUGACCUCCUGUCAUUUGAAGAAUCCUGUUUUUACAACUCGGACUACAUGUCAACGCGCACACGAAUGGUGUCUGACGUUCAGGAGAAUGAGGAGAUUCUAGAGACAACGGACAUAUAUGACAUGUUCGUGAAGUAUUCGGGUCUGCACGUAUUCAGGGCAGUAGAGCCAGCAUUGCACCAGCAGUACCGCUACCAGACUUGCAACCCGAGACUCAGCGAGGACAUCUAUCACAGAUGUGUUCAGAGUAACUUGGAGGGUCUCGGCUCUCGCUCGCAGCUCGCUAUGCUGCUGUUUGAGCAAGAACAAGGAAACAGUACUUGAAAAUUCCACUGAGCUAUCUGCUCCUGCACUUCUUUAAACAGACAUUAAAAGAUGUGUCUUUUUUCCAACAGCAUUUUGAUGCAAGGUAGAAUAUGGGCUGAACAUGAAAAUUUCACGAGUUACCACCCAUAAGUUUGCUUUGCCCGAAACGCAGCCCAUGUUUGGAGAUUUGGUCAAGUACUGUAUUUGACCUCAUCUGACAUUCUCUAUCUUGUGCAUCAAAUAUUAUUUGGUUUGUUCGAGUUUUUAGGUAGUUGGUACCGAAUGCAGUACAUUCAUAAACUUUUUUUCAUUUUUAAAAAAUAUAUAAAUGUUUACAAUACUUAUCCAUGCAGAUGAGGACCUAGAACCAAAAUGCUUUUGCUACUCUUACGAUUUUAAAAGUUGCGUUGAGUAUUUUUUACCACUAGAGGGCAGAAACUCAAAGCAGCAGAGCCGUGAGGUACGGUUAGCUUUUCCGGUUCUCAUGGUGAAGGUGUCCUCCAAACCUCCAGUGGAGGACAACAUAUGCGAUUUGAGUCACUUUACUUUCCACGAGUCCAGUGAAAUUCCAGUAAAUAUUCAGAGGGACUUUAACCUUGGUUUAAUCCACCAACUCCUGGAAUAAAUACUCAAGAGGCUUUGUUUGGGGAUGGAGGAUUAAACCAAGUGAACUAAUACAAUGAGUUCAAAAUAGCAGAAAGCUUUAGCAGGUUAUUGCUUCUUAAUGGCAUCAGAAGUACGAGCAGCAACGUUUUCAUGUUCACAGAAUGUUAACCCUAUUU